UCUAGUGCAGGAACAGAAAACCAUACGUUUGCGUUUCGGAUUAUUCAAUUUGCUUCAGUAAUUUUAUAAUCAUGGUUAUAUUUUGGAGUAUAACAGUAGAUGAAUACAAGAGUAAUUACAUGACGUUUCGAUUGCUGUACGCGUUUCAUCGGACACCAAUCGGAAAAUGCCUCAUUGCCGUAACUGAUACUGACGACUUGAGAUUUAAUGACAAUGAAUACGAUGAUGAGGCGGCUGCUCUCAAAGAUCUAAAAGAGCCUUUAAUCUAAAUAUUGAAGGAUACUAAUAACAAAAUAGAUGCUGUUAUCGCGAAAAUCUUUCAUCCCAAUUAUUCACAACUUGAUUCCAUUCAUGUUUUCAUGAAAGGCACAGAAUUCCAAAUUAAAAUUUGGAAAUCUUUGACUGGAGUCCCUAGAGGAACAAUCACCACGUACGAGGAAGUCGCAUGGAUGGUGGGUUGCGAUUCUAAAAUCGCAAUAGUGGGAAAUGCAUGUUCUAGAAAUUAUAUUACCUAUAUUGUGCCAUGCCACUGUGUGAUGAUAAACAUGUGUGAUAGCAAAAAAACACAUAUUUGUGGUAUCAAGAAUGCUUGGAAAACUGAGCGAAAAGGAGCUAUCUUGGAAUGUGAAAAGCAGCUCUAUGCAUAAAUAUUGUAAAUUAAUAUCAUACAAAUAC